UCCCACUUUCUCUCUCCUCUAACAACCAGACAAAACCGACACCGAAAUUACAAAAACACCCUCCAUACUAUUUUCAAUGGGUUUUCCGGUGGGCUACACGGAGGUUUUCUUCCCUCACCUCUUCCUCCGCUUACUCACCUUCCUCGGCCUCCUCCGUAACCUCGUCUUCCACCUCUUCCGCCUCCUCGGACUCUCCGAACUCCUCAUCGACACCACCACCGACAACAACAACAACUACUACAACCACAACCCCAACCCUCGUAACCUUCAGAGAAAUACUCGCUAGCGAUGACGUGGCAUCGCCUCAACUAACUGGCAGCUGCGCGGUUUGCCUAACGGAAUUAGUUAUGGAGGACGAGAUCCGGUGGUUGCGUAACUGCAAGCACGUGUUCCACAGGGAGUGUGUGGACCGUUGGAUUGAUCACGAUCAGAAGACGUGUCCGCUUUGUAGGACGUCGUUUGUUCCUGAUGAAAUGGUUGAUCAGUAUAAUCAACGGUUGUGGGCUGCUUCUGGUGUUAGUGAGUUCUACGUAGAUUACACUUCUCUCUAAGUAACCACAUAAACACAACUCUCUUUUUCUUACACUUUA